GAGGACAUCACUGAGAGUGGUCAAUGUGUUUUCCAAAGGGCAUGGGAAGAUCUUCUUCCCAACAAUCGUAUCUUGAUAUAUUGCCUGAAGCAUGAUAUUGAUCCAAAACAUAGAACCCCUGCAAGAAAUCAUAUCAAGUUUCCUGAGGAUCCUGCUGCUAUCAAGAAACCUGCUGCUAUCAAGAAACCCCUCAGUUAUGUAAAUGGAAUGAACAAAAAGAUAGUGAAGAUACGGCGUAUUGAUGAGCUUCCUUCUGCUCCAUUGCCUGGUGUUAAAAGAUCUUCUGGUAUGGUGAAACGUUCUUCAUUGGGCAAUUUUAUGAAUAAAAGGAGGAAAGUGCCCGUGUCUGGAGAAAAAUCUGUAGUUAUGGAAAAACCAGUAGUUAUGUCAAAGCUCCCAUUUAGCUCAUUCCCUGAGAUUGACAGAUACACUGAUAUGAGAAUAUAUGAGUUUGCACAAAAAACUUCAGCUGCUAUUACAAUGGAGGAUGUACAAAAAAAACUAGUGGUACCAUCUACACAUGCACCACAUAUGCAUAAUGCCGAUGACAUUACACUGGGAAAGGUGGAAAGAUCUGUUGAGGCUGUUAAAGCUGCUCUGCAUAUGCUGGAAAAUGGUGCAUGCAUAGAAGAUGCGAAAUCUGUCUGCGCACCUAGUGAUCUUUUUCAACUUGCAAAGUGGAAGAACAAGUUGAACAUAUUUCUCGCACCGUUUCUUCAUGGCAUGCGCUAUACAUCUUAUGGGCGCCACUUCACGAAACUGGAUAAACUCCAGCUGAUUGUUGAUAAGCUACAGUGGUAUAUUCAAAGUGGCGACACGGUUGUUGACUUUUGCUGUGGUUCAAACGAUUUUAGCUUGUUAUUGAAGGAAAAGUUAGAAGGUUCUGGAAAAAAUUGCUUCUACAAAAAUUAUGAUCUCAUUCAACCAAAGAACGAUUUUAGUUUUGAGAGACGAGACUGGAUGACUGUUCAACCAGAUGAAUUGCCGACAGGAUGCCGAUUGAUCAUGGGGUUAAAUCCUCCCUUUGGUUUUAAAGCCUCUCUUGCAAACCAGUUCAUCAACAAAGCCCUCACUUUCAAGCCAAAGCUUAUAAUACUUAUUGUUCCCAAGGAAACUGAAAGAUUGGACAAAAAAUACCCACCAUAUGAGCUAAUAUGGCAGGAUUCGCAGCAGCUCUCGGGAAAGUCAUUCUAUCUGCCCGGAUCUCUUGAUGCUGAAAACAAGGUGAUGGAACAGUGGAACAUGUCACCACCUCCGCUUUCUCUGUGGAGCCGUAGUGAUUGGGCUAAGAGGCACUCAGAGAUCGCCAAAUCAAUGGGGCACCUCCCCAGCGAAAAUGCAUUCUCUGGUGAUUGGCAGAGGGAGGUAGCUGAUGGUCCGUCUGUACCAACCGCAGGGCAUGUGGAGACGGAUGAUGCAGAGGGUGCAGGCAUCCCGCCCGCCUCUGUUUUGGAGCAGCUAUUGUCUGACACAUACCAUGACCCAACAAGUUCACUAGGGGACUACUGGAAUGAUACCAAUGGCCGAUCAAGGCAGCCUUGCAACUAUGAAACCCCAGGAAGGAGUGAUCCGACCUAUGCGCAUCUUCUAGAAAUGGGUGUCGGAUCCGAUAUGAGCAUUUCACUGUCAGAAACUGAUUGUGAAAGACAAGAUCAAGCUUCAUCAAUCUCAAAGCAUGGAGACACCGACUCCCAAGCCUGUAAUGCUGUUGGAAGUGCACUGCCAGAGGAACCAGCUGCUGCUGCUGAUUGUGACGAGGUAACAUCAGCUGCUGGUCCAUACCAUUUGCUUGAAGAUUCAUCACAGGCAGGUGGACACACAGCUGGAGUUCAAUAUUGGAGGGUGGAAGACUCUCCAAUCCUGGAGGAGGGUGAGCUGAGCGAUGCACCAACGGUGGACAGGCCUGCAGCUGGCAUGCAGCAUCAACUGACGGAAGACACUACACCUCCAGAGGUGACACCCGAAGCUGACUCCCCGUGUGAGCAGCCAGAGGAGUCGCGGCCUGCAGCCAGACAUAAUGCUAGAACUCUGCCACCAAGAAACACCUUCCCCGGACUGCGCUUUCGGCAAGGUUGCAACACCUCUCGUCAGUUCCUAUCCCAAGGCAUGGGACAUCCGGCGGUCCAUCAAGGGCCAUCAAAUGGUUGGAUCGAAGAUGAUGAUUACUAGAUUACCGAAGAAAAAAGAAGCCCACUUUUGCUUGUGAAUGACCUGCCUGUGAGAUCGUUACUGUGUUGUGUAGGUGAUAGCUGCUAAUGUGCCUCAGUUCAUCUUAGGUUUGAGCUAGUUAUGUUCUACGGCCGGCUUUAGAGUACGCUGAGGUUCUGCAUUGCUUAGGUUAAUAGGGUUGGUUCCGAUGUUGUCAUUGGCGCGUUGCUUUUUAUAACUGUUGCCUUCAUGCCCUGCUUAAGCUGGUAAGUGGUAACUUUGUCUGAGAAAACAUCCUACAGUGGACAAGAUUGCUGUGAGCCCGAGACAGCAGAAAUGAGAAAAUGAAUGAG